AACCUCAAUUUGUGCCAUAAGUGGUUCCCCAGCCCUAGUUCUACUUGUUUGCUCAGAACUCGACCCUCUCGCAGCAGAUUCUUCCACCCGAAACCCUAGCCCCUCUUUUGUUCUUCGCGUAUAAGUUCACCGUCACAGAUCUCGAUUAUUAAGCAUUUGCUAUCUGGAAAUCUAAGGUGGGAAGCACUUGUCCUCUAAGCACCAUGCCUAAAAUAAAGACGAGCAGGGUGAAAUAUCCAGAAGGAUGGGAGCUUAUUGAGCCUACACUUCGUGAAUUAGAAGCAAAAAUGAGAGAAGCUGAAAAUGAUCCACAUGAUGGGAAGAGAAAAUGCGAAGCACUUUGGCCUAUAUUUCGAAUUGCACAUCAGAAGAGCCGUUACAUAUAUGACCUUUACCAUAGGAGGAAGGAGAUAUCAAAGGAAUUGUAUGAAUUCUGCCUCGAUCAGGGCUAUGCAGACCGUAAUCUAAUUGCAAAAUGGAAAAAGCCGGGCUACGAGCGCCUUUGCUGCCUUCGCUGCAUGCAGACACGAGAUCACAACUUUACAACCACGUGUGUCUGUAGGGUUCCUAAACAUCUCAGGGAAGAAAAGGUUAUUGAAUGCGUUCAUUGUGGAUGUGGAGGAUGUGCUAGUGGUGACUAAGUAUUGUACUAAAUCACAUUUAUUAUGUUUCUGCAUCUCUUUGUUGACAGGAUAACCAUUAUCUAAUGCUUAUUAUGUAAUACUUUUAUGUGUUGGCGUUAUUUGUUGCUGCGUGCUUUCUGCUUGGGCCUUGGGGUGGUUUAUGUUAUGUGACGUCAUAGACUGGAUGCAUUGUUAAUUUGAUU